UCUUUACAACCCUGUAAAACACACAGUUGUCCCCUCUCAGCCACUGUAUCGCAUUAAAUGUCAACAGUACUGCGUGUAUUUUUAUCGCAGCCAUUUAUAAUGUCAGUGACACAUGAAGAUCAGUCCCAGUUACACGGCAUGGUUGUGUUCAGGUUUGGUGUCAUUCUGACCCCAGAGUGUCUGGAUAUCGAGGUGUUUGUACUGGGCUCAAGGCCGGAGAUGGGACACUGGGAUCCGAACCGAGCCGUGAAGAUGAGUCCGAGCCGCUCGCUUCUGUCCACCUGUGAACCGUGUCUGUGGAUAGGAGACGUGCGUCUGUCUGCACCGCAGACCGAUAAGCUGUGGUUUAAGUUUAUAAAGCGCGUUGAUGGGACCUACAUUUGGGAAGGCAAUGGGCCUCAUCAUGACCGGCACUGUGUGUAUGACGACAGUAACCUCGUGGACGGGGUAUACUGCCAUCCGAUUGGUCACUGGAUCGAAGAGACGGGCCACACAGAUGAGAUGAAACACACUACCAACUUCUACUUCAGCAUAGCGGGACAGCAAGCCAUCCACUUCUCUCAGGUGCUGCCACGUGUCUGGUUGGGCAGCUGCCCUCGACGGGUCGAACAUGUAACCCUAAAGCUGAAACAGGAACUGGGUGUUACAGCAGUGAUGAACUUUCAGACAGAAUGGGACGUCGUAAACAACUCACAUGGCUGCCGGCGUGACCUCAGUCAACCCAUGAGCCCAGAGACCAUGACACACCUGUACAAAGACUGUGGCCUUUCGUACAUCUGGAUCCCCACUCCAGACAUGAGCACAGAAGGUCGCACACAGAUGCUGCCGCAGGCCGUGUUCUUGCUCUAUGGACUGCUGGAGAACGGUCACACAGUGUAUGUUCACUGUAACGCAGGAGUGGGACGUUCCACUGCGGCCGUGUGUGGACUCCUGAUGUAUGUGUUAGGCUGGAGACCCAGGAAAGUGCAGUACUUCCUCACUGCCAGAAGGGCGGCAGUCUAUAUCGAUGAAGAAGCACUGGUGAGGGCCGAAAAUGACUUUCAUGUGAAGUUUGGACGACUCCGUCCAUCUGUCUGCAACCCAGAGACAUGAGAACAGCGCCCUCUACUGGAUGGGAGGACAUGGGGACUUCAGUUUAAUAAUGUGAAAGCAGUUAACACCAUUAAAAACAUAGAUUUCAAUAUUGUCACACAUUGAUUACUUAUAAUCCAGUGUUUUUAAA